AUGUUAAUUCUAUGCAUGGUCGAUAUCCAAAACUUGGACGCAACGCCCUGGCAAAGGAAUUCACGAUUUUUCAGAUCAUGUGUGUUAAGUAAACAAUCCAAUGACAAUUAUUACAUCUCCGUGAAAAAUUCAAAGUAUCCGAACUCGAUCACCUAUGACCUAGCAGAACUGGAAAAUGUGCACCACAAAUUUAUUAAACAAGGAAAAUUGGGAUUGCGUUUUGAGCAACCUAACCAUUUGGUCUUGAUAAAAUCCGAUGACAAACCUUUGCUUGAGUUAUUUUUAAUGCAAAUUCAGAACAUUGUAAUUAAAAGACCGGUGGUCAUUGCUACGCGCCACAUGCCCAGAACAAUACCGCCUAAAAAAAAAUGCGUAAACCGUUUUAAUCCCAUGUCUCGUGAAUUUGUAGCUAUUAAUCGUUUUGACAACCGCGUAUUGAAUAUGAAACAAUUGAAUUAUAUUGUUUUGGAAAACUGCGAUGUGCCAAGUUUACCUAUAGAUGUUGGUAAUUUACCGAUUGCAUAUCUCAGCCUAUCAAACAGUAAACUGGCUACAACACAAUAUGAACAAGAUAUCUUCUGGAAUUGGAUGUCAAUGAAUACAAUCAGUAAUACUUUAAAAACGUUGAGAUUGGAUCAUGUCGAUUUGAGAGUAUUACCAUUUGAAACAUUAUUUCUGAAAAACUUGGAGACGUUAUCUGUGUCCAACAAUAAUCUGGUAAUUUUUAUUAGUACUUUUUGUUAUUAUUAUUUUUUUCAGUUACAUUUUAUAUAGAAUGAUAUAAAUAUAAAUAUUUUACUCUUAAUUAAUUGUUUUUCUGUUAGUUAUGCACUAAAGCUUAUAACAAUAAUCAUAUAUUUAUACUUUUUAAAAUAUAUUUAUAUUACACAUUAGAUAUAGGUAGGUUUAAUAUAUUUAUGUAUUAUAAAAUAUAGUUUUCAGAUCUAGGUAUUAGAAAUGGUUUUUUUUUUUUUUUGUACAUUUAAGUUCUUAUAUUAUUUUUGGUAUUUACUAUCAAUAUACUAUCGUAUAUUAUACGAAAAGUUUUUUGAAUUUAAUUAUUAGAAAUUAAUUAUUUUCCGUUAAUAGUCUUUUUGAGAAUACGUUGCCAUUGUUUACCUAAAUAUUUAGUAAAUGGUUUUAGUUAUAUUUUUAUUAUUUUGAUAAAGAAAACAGACUGUAUACGUACAUUUAUAUAGUAAAUUGUUAGUUAUUUGUAUAACAUUAUUUUAAUAACCAACAUUUUGUUUUUUUUCUAGACAUUCUUGCCACAGUGCAUUGGCGAGCUACAGAAACUCAAGGUGUUAGACGUUGCUGAAAACAUGUUGAAUUAUCUUCCUAUUAGUUUAUACAAUAGAACCUUUCAAACACUUAAUAUUUCAUCCAAUAAAUUUAUGCAACAUGAUUCUUUACUUUACGAUCACAUUCAUUCAUUUGUUCAUUCAAUUAACAGAUGUAUUUGCAGUGAAAUUCAAACACCAGAAAAUCCAGCAGUAAAAAUGUUGAGCCACUUAUCAUUUUGUUCUUUACUCAAAAAUAAUGUAAAAUUUAAAAGACAGGAUUUGCCUCGUUCACUUUGGAAAUACUUUGAUUUGGCUGGUCGUUGUAUAAAUUGUGAUCAAUUUAUGUUGCCUUAUAAUAUUAUUAUAAAUCACACCGUAGCUUACCCUACAGCAUCAAAUUUAAUCAGAAAUCAGGAUAGUGGUUCUAUACCAUGGCAAACUAUGGCUUGUCGUUUCAAAUGUUUAACAUAUUCUUCAUCUAUGUAA